AUGGUAGAUGCUGAAACAGUUAGUAAAUACACUCAUAACUUGCCUUUUGAUGCUUGGUCUAUCAUUCAUGUUGUGGGUAAAUCUGGGGGUCUUGCUUUUGGUCAUUUUGAAAAGUCGAGUAUUGAAGUUCUUGGUUGUCCUGGUUUCGUUGUGGUUAACAAGCUCAAAAAUGUGAAGACUUAUUUAAUUAAAUGGAAUAUAAAUUCCUUUGGUCAUAUUAAAACUACUAUAGGUAGAUUAAAUUCGGAGUUAGAAAAACUUCAGGCUUUACCUUAUUCUCCUCAAAUUGGUGGUUAUAUCUUAAAUUACUCUCAACAGUUGGACUAUUGUUAUGAAGUUGAACAUAGUUUCUACAAACAAAAAUCUAGAAUCGACUACUUUACACAGUAUGACAGAAACACUCACUUUUUUCAUAAUACUGUGAAACUCAGAAACAUGUACAAUACAAGUCACACCAUUAGAGAUGAUCAAGGUAACUGGAUUGAGAAUAGAGAGCAGGUUGCUGAUUUGCUUUCUAAAAAUUUUAAGAAAAUUUAUACUACUUCCAACCCUGGGAAUAAGGAUAUUGAAGAAGCUCUAAGGUUUGUCAGUCCUAUUAUUUCUGAUGAAGUAAAUUCCUCCUUAACUGCCAUCCCUUCGAUUGAUGAAAUCACGGAUACAGUUAACAAUCUGUCUCCUUGGAGUUCUCCGGGAUCUGAUGGUUUCCCGGCGGGAUUCUUCAAGGAUAAUUUGGACAUUGUUCAGUCUGAAGUUGUGUCUCAUGUUCAAAGUUUUUUCAAAAAUAAAUUUCUUCUUAAGCAAUCUAAUUUCAAUUUUAUUACUUUAAUUCCUAAAACUAAAAAUGCCUCCUCUCCACAUGACUUCAGACCUAUUAGUUUAGCUAAUUCAGUCUACAAAAUUAUUUCUAAAAUUCUAACUAAUCGAUUGAAACCUCUUUUAGACUCUUUGAUUUCUCUUUUUCAAUCUGCUUUUGUUGCCAAUAGACAGAUUCAUGAUAAUAUUGUUAUCACCCAUGAAAUUCUUUAUUCCUUUAGAAAGAAAAAGAGAAAUUCAAAAAAUGGUCACCUUGCUAUUAAGCUUGAUUUAUCUAAGGCUUUUGAUAGGUUGGAAUGGCCUUUUAUUCUUGCGGUUUUUAGGAAGCUUGGUUUUUCUGAAGACUGGUGUCAAAUGAUCUUGCAAUGUAUUAGUACAGUUUCUUAUUCUGUUCUGGUUAAUGGCUCACCUGGAGACACCUUCAUUCCUACUAGGGGCAUUAGACAUGGUGAUUUCCUUUCUCCUUACAUAUUUAUUCUUUGUAUGGAAGUUCUAUCUCAACUGCUUAUAAAAGCUGAAGAUGAAAAACUGAUUCAGGGUUUUAAGUUCAAAAAGAAUAGUCCGUCGAUUUCGCAUUUAUUUUUCGCAGAUGAUUGUAUGUUGUUUGUUAAAGCUUUUGUUACUUAUGCUAGGAAUCUUAUCAAGAUUAUUAAUGUCUUUGCUAAAGCUUCAGGUCAGGCGAUAAAUUUUGAAAAGUCGGGUUUCAUCACUAGUGGUAAGAUGCAUUAUAGGCAUAUAAUUUUUUUAUCUAGAACCCUUAAAAUGAAAUUUCUUAGUAACUCUGAAAAAUAUCUAGGUACCCCAUUAUUUAUAGGUAAAGAUAAAACUAAAUCCUUCAAUUUUCUCAUUGACAACUUUUAUGCUAGAUUGAGUUCUUCUAAGAAGUCCAAUUUAAAUGUUGCUGCUAGAACUGUGGUUACUAAACAUGUGUUGCCUAGUUUAGCUAUUUAUCAUAUGGCUUGCUUUCCACUGCCGAAAACAGUUGCGUCUAAAAUUGAUGCUAUUCAAAGAACCUUCUGGUGGUCAAAAAAAAAAAUCCUAAGCAUGUUGCUUACUUUCGUUCUUGGGGUGAUAUUGAACUUAUUAGAAAUUGACAAUGGUAUUGUAAAAGGGUUACACUUUAUCAGAGCUAAUUCAGUGGUAAAAAUAAACAAUGGGGUCUCUACUCGUAUAUGGAGUUUUAACUGGAUUCCAGGGUUUAGUAAUCCUCCUAUUUCUGCUCAUUCUUCUCGCAGUAAUUAUAUCUUUGUUAAUGACCUUAUAGAUAAUCAUAAUAAGUGUUGGAAUGUCAGUCUGUUAUCUACCUUAUUUUCUCCUGAUGAUGCUAUCAGAAUUAGAUAUAUUAGGUUAAAUCUUAAUCAGUGUGACUCCUUAAUGUGGGCUCACACCAGAAAUGGUAAGUUUAGGAUUAAGUCAGCCUAUAGAAUUUAUAUGAAUGAUUUUAGUUCCUCUGAAGAUUCGGCUUUUUGGAGGAAAGUUUGGGGUAUUGAUUGUCUGCCAAAGAUUAAGUUCUUCUUGUGGAAAAUUUUCGCUCAAAUGCUUCCUGUCAACUCUAUGCUUCAGCUUUAUAACCCGUAUGUGGAUGUGAUUUGUCCUCUCUGUCAUUGCCAUGAAGAAACUGUAUUGCACUUGUUUGUGAAAUGCUGUGUCGCUUCUCAUAUUUGGUUUGGAGUUUCUUUACAACACUUGAUUCUUACAGAUUUGGACUGGAUUGAUGACUUUUUUCUGUUUUGGCAUGAUUCAGCUCUUGGUAUUUCUCCUUUUAAAGUCUCUUGGCCUAGUAUUGGUGCUAUUAUCAUGUGGUGUAUUUGGAAGUUAAGAUGUGAUGUGCUUUUUAGACAGACUACUAUUGAUUUGAACAAGAUCAUUUUGGAAACUAAGAAAAUGAUUAACACCUAUAUUGCCCCUCAUGUUUGCUCUGGUGCUCUUGUCAGAGAUUAUAAAGUCCCCUUAAAUGUUGUGAAUCAUUUUAUGUUUUCCAAUGGUUAUUUUAAAGAUUUUAAAAUGGGUUUGGGUGUUAUCUGGUGUGAUAUUUCAGGAAAAUUAAAGAGUUCUCGCUCGGACUUUGGCUUGAUUCCAGAUGCAGUAGGUGAUGAAGUUGCUGCUCUCAUUUUGGAGAUCUCUUGGGCAGAAGAGAUGAAUCUUUCCAAAGUUGUUUUUGUUAGUUAUUGUCUCCAACUAGUGGAUUAUGUGAAUGGAGUCAGCUCUAAUAUUGCUUGGAGAAGUGAAGAUCUUCUCAAUCAGUGUCGGGUUUUAAUUUCUAGUUCUUGCUCCUUUAAAGUUGUGUUUGUGAAACGUGUGAAAAACCAUCUAGCAGAUCGGCUUGCCCGUAGAGUUAGAAAUUUUAGUCUUAAGGGUCUUUGGGUCUCAUAUCCCUCUUUUUUGAAUGCUCUUGUGAGGAAGGAGAACUUGAAUGUAAUUCUGUUCUUUGUUAAUCCCAUGGAACUAUCACAGGUGUAUCAGUGA